AUGGACCGACCAAAAUGAACAAUUGCAAAGCUGUCCCGCUAUAUGACUACUUCAUCGGAUGAGGCUUCAAAACGAAAAAAAACACCGCACCUAUUGGAGAUAUCCAAGAUGACGUUAACGACAUCANAAACACCCUGGAGAACGAUUCAAAUAAUUAUGAAAAUUUUAUUCCUUCAAAUAACAAUACUAAUAAUACUAAUACAUUAUUCCGUUCAUAUACACAGCAACAUGUAUUACCAUGUACAAACACAUACACUCAUACAACACAUUCGGAUACAGACACAAAUACAUAUACAAAUAUACAGUCAUAUACAAAUAUACAACCGCACACAAACAGUGAACCACAUACAAAUUUUCAGACUUAUACAAAUAUUCAACCAUAUACAAUUAUUCACCCACAAACUGACUUUCAAACAUACACUAACCAUCUACUAACACUGAUAGUAUUAAUCUAUUGCAUGCGUCUGUUAUACAUAAUUACACACCGCAAGUAACCAAUGAAAGAGCAACAUAUAAUAUUAAUAAUACAAGUACUGAGUUUCAGAGUAUCUCGGAAGCAAGAACAUCUACCAAGAACAAUUUGUAUCGCCCAGCUGAAGAAACAAGANUGCUCACUCUUUUGAAAGGUCGAGAGAACAUUCCACCGCAAUCAUAAAAAACAGACAAUCGAAUACACGAACGUAUAGAUCGUUUGGAGACAGAGAUGAAAAGAAUGAAUACGCUGUUGGAAAAUAUAUUAAAAUGUGUACAAGACAAACAACGUGGACCACGAAAACCAGAUAUCCUCCCAAUUUCAUCUUUAACAGAAAUGGAUGCUUUUCAAAAUAUCGACGACAAUGAUUACUUCAACGUCGUAAAUUAUUUCCGCUAUAUGGGUGNUUUUAAUCUGAGAGAAGCUAUCAAUCUGUGUUUCAAAGAAGGACUGAAAGACUCUUUGACACCAUCAUUCACUUGGUGGGGUCGCGAAGGAGGACAAAGACCUUUAUAUAACACUCGUCUUGUUAUGGCAAUCUAUGAUGGUGUGUGCAAUAAUCGUCAUUUUCAAAAACCAACGCGCUCUGAAUUUCAAGCACAAAUGAAGGAGGUUCUUCGAACAGCCAAGGAAAGAUUACGGCAUAGAGUACGAGAUGUACGACAGCCAAUAAGAAGAAGGAUUCGCCGCAAUUUGUAGAGUGACGAACAACGUUCGGAAGCGGAAGAAACAAACACUGACGAAAAUGAAUAAAAUUUUUAGGUACACUGAUGCACUGAAGAUUAAAAGACACAUCCUACCUACACACAAAUUCAUCUUUUUUCCGAAGAGAAGAGAAGGAAAACGGCACUUUUCAGCGUCCAUUUUUAAAUUAUUUAUANUUUGGAUAUUUCUCCGGUGUUUCGCAAU